AACAGCAAUUUGCCACUUUUUCAUUGAAAUCUAUUACAGUAAUGUACUUAAUUGUUAUCCAGAAGUGAUUUGACAUUGGGCCUUUAAGUAGCUACCUUUUUGCACGUCUGAGUACCAUAAAACAGUCUUAUGUGUUUGGUUAUACUGUAGCGGCAUGAGUCAUGAUGUCAACAGUCCUCCUAUACAGUAUGAGUCAUGAUGUCAACAGUCCUCCUAUACAGUAUGAGUCAUGAUGUCAACAGUCCUCCUAUACAGUAUGAGUCAUGUCAAGCUGAACAGGAUCAUCUUUUUUCUACAUGAGAACUGUAUGAUGACCUACUACAGUAACUCCUUUUUCUGAAAUUACAGACAGUGAUGCAGGCUAAUUCUUUAUGAGUUUUUAGAAUGGCAUAUCUUUAUCUCUGUGCACCUGAUGAGGUUAAAAUGUAGAAUGUUUUCUUAUGCGUAUUAGACAGCCUCUAGUUUCCCAGGACUUGAGCCUGAACCCAGGACUCACUGGAAAACAGUAAACAACAGUGGGACUCUGGCCACCUUCUCGCUUCCUCCACGGAUGACCUACCCAGUCCAGAUCCCUGCAGGGGUCACAAUGCAGACAGCCUCUGGCCAGCUUUACAAGGUCAACAUCCCAGUGAUGGUGUCCCAGGCUCCAGCCGGCCACAGCCCUCUCCCCUCAGCUCCAGAAGGGGGUACCUGUAGUGGAGCAGAGCGAUCCCAGCUCAGCUUCCCAGCAGUCAGCUAUGGUGGUCCCUUCUACUGUCCUCAAGACCAUGACCCCUCCGAAGACAGAACCGUUCUCCCCACGGACUGUGGCCCCUCCCACAGCUCUACCUCAGACACCAGAGCAGAAGACCCUGAUACGUCCAGUCCAGUUGAUGCCUCCGGUCCAGCCACCUGAUGAGAAGCCCGUGCUACCCAAACCCAUGGUCCAGCCCCCAGUUCAGGAGAACCAUCUCCUUCAGCAGCCACAGGUUCCUUUAGCUCAAGCACGCUUUUCUGUACAGACUCCAGUGUCCUUUUAUUUCCCGUCCCAACCGCCAUCUCACCCCCCAGAGAGCCCUUUUGACAGUGGUGAUUUCAAUCUGGAUGGGAUUGACUUCGACAGUCCACAGCCACAGCAGCUAGACAUGAGCCUGUCCUCAUCCCUCUCCUCUGGCUCCGCCCAGAUGCCAAAGCCUUCAGGCAAAGUCUUAUAAAAAAGAUGGUGAACAGGAGGACAACACACCUGAGCAGGAUAUAACAGACCUGGAGGGUCUACCUGUGUAUGCU